AUGCCUCCAAAAGGUUGGAGAAAGAACGCCGAUGGCCAGUAUCCAGAACCACCCAAAGAAGAUACCCCAGUGUCUAUUGAUGAUUUAUUGUUCCCCAGAUCCACAAUUCAAAAGCUUGCCAAGCUGAUGAUCAACGACAACGAAUCCAACAUGCUUAUGGCGAAAGAUGCCCUUUUGGCUCUUCAACGAUCGGCGACAGUUUUCGUUUCCAAUGUCAUGUUUCACGCCAGACAAAUCUCCAAGGAGCAAGAUAGGAAAGGAAUUAACUCCCAAGAUAUCAUGGGAGCACUCGAGAGAGCAGAAUUUACAGGUUUUAUACCCGAAGUAAGAGAUCGUUUGGCGAACUUUGAACUGGCACAAGCUAUACGUAAGGCCAAGAAGAAGGAAGAAAAGGAGGAAAAUGCCGCUAACGCAGCUACGGAGGGAGAAGACGAGACCACAGCAAAAAGACAGAAGGAUAAUAGUGAGGCUGCUAUUCCAAAGAAAAAUGUGGAUUCUGACAACGAGGAAGAACUGGAUGCUGAUGUAGAUGAAAACGACGAUAAAAAGGAAGACACUGAAAUGGCAGAAGGGGUUGCCAAUGCAGAAGAAAGCGAUGAUGAACAGUCACGAAAUCCCAUUGAAAUUUUGGGCGAUGAAGAACAGGAACUUGGGGGAGCAGAGGCUGAAACUCAGGAAAGAGAAAGCGAGGAUGAGGAGAUUUAG